UGAGAAUGUAAGUUAAAAAUUGAAGCGCUAAAUUGUGAUUUACAUUAUUAUUACUAUUAGGCGUUUAUUAAGACCCGGUGGUGUAACUAGGUGCGACGAUAACCACAGAAGGUGUUUGCACGAGAACGUACAGAUCUCACAAUAUUCAGGCAUCAUGGAUCAAGAAUUUUCUGUUAAAGAAGAACCAACUAUGUCCGGAUAUGAAAUGAAUGAUAAUCAGAAUCCUGAAAUUAAGGUUGAAAAAGGCCAGAACAGUGAUUUUCUCAGUAAUGAUGAAGACAAUAUUAAAAACAAGGAACCGUUUUUGAUGUCAGUCAAAACAGAAAUUUCUGCUUGUGGAGAAAAGUUUAAAGAUAUUAGCACUUUCGAGACACAUUUGAGUAUGCAUAAAAAGAUGUGUGAAGACAAUAUGAAUUUGAAAGCACAUCUUACAACACAAACAGCAGAAGAACUGUACGAAUGUGAACAUUGUGAACACAAGUUCAAAGAUGGUACUGCUUUGAAGACACAUUUGGGUAUACACACAGUAGAGGUAUCGUACGAUUGUGAAAAGUGUGGAAAAAAGUUUGAUUAUUAUACCACUUUGAAAAAACAUUUGAGGAAACAUACAGAAGAAUGUGAACAAAAAUGUAAAGGCCAUCAUGCUUUGAAAAAACAUUUAAAGAUGCAUACAAGGCAAAAGAAAAUAUAUGAAUGUAAACAUUGUGGAAAGCAUUUUAAGUAUUAUGGCAGUUUUAAAAAACAUUUGAGGACACAUAAAACAGAAGAAUGUGAACAAAAAUGUAAAGGCUAUCGUGCUUUGAAAAAACAUUUAAAGGUGCAUACAAAGCAAAAGGAAAUAUAUAAAUGUAAACAUUGUGGAAAGCAUUUUAAAUAUUAUGGCUGUUUUGAAAAACAUUUAAGGACACAUAAAACUAAAGAAUGUGAACAAAAAUGUAAAGGCCAUCUUGCUUUGAAAAAACGUUUAAAGGUGCCUACAAAGCAAAAGAAAUUAUAUGAAUGUAAACAUUGUCGAAAGCAUUGGAUAUGUCAUGCCAGAUUUAAAAAACAUUUGAGGACACAUAAAACAGAAGAAUGUGAAUAUUGUACACUAAAGUUCAAAGACCAUCAAGCAAUGAACACACAUGUAAAAAUACACACAAACCAAGAGCAAAGGUAUGACUGCACAUAUUGUGAAAAGCAGUUUCCUCGUUAUAGCAGUUUUAAAACACAUCUAAAGAGAACACAUAUAAAAGAAUGUGAAAAUUGCAAAAAGACCUUUAAGAGCUAUCAUGCUUUGGAAACUCAUAGAAAGAAAUUUCAUUUGAUAACACGUUUGAGGAAACGUUUGAGGAUACAAACCCCAUAUGAAUGUGAACGUUGUGAAAAGAAAUUUGAAUUAGGGAGUGAGUUGAAAACACAUAUGAGAAUACAUACAGGAAUGACCGCAUAUACAUGUAAACAAUGUGGAAAGAAGUUUAAACAUAAAAGCAGUUUGAAAACACAUUUGUGGAUGCAUACAGGGGCGUCACCAUUUGUAUGCGAGACAUGUGGGAAACAAUUUGCACGACGAUGUAAAUUGAAAAGACAUAAGAAAAAACAUACUGAAAUAAAAACAGUUUUCAAAUGUGAACAUUGUGGAAAAACAUUUGAAAAAGUGAGAAAGUUUAAAAAACAUAUUAAGAUUCAUGCAGAAGAGAAGCCACAUGCUAUUAAAAAUCAUAUAGUACAUACAGGAGGGGAAUUGAUUGUAGACAUUGUGGGAGAGAGUUCAAACACAAAGGUUAUUUGAAUAGACAAUUGAGGAUAUGUAAUACAGGAGAGGUAUUUAUAUAUGAGCAUUGUGGAAGGAAGUGUGGACAAAAAGGCAAUUUGAACAUAUAUGUAGGAGAGACACAAUCUGUAUUUCAACACUGUGGAAAGAAAGAAGUGUAAACAUGCUGAUUUGCCACACUCAGUUUGCUCUUGGAUUCUAUCAAAAGAUAUUUCUUCUUUAAGUCCAUGAAACAGUUAAAUUUCAAUGUUAGGUACUGUACUAUUGAUUCCAAUGCAUAGUACAGGAGGUUGAUUUAUAAUAUCUUUUAUAUACCGCAUACAUAGAUUCCAUUCGUCUGAUUAGCUAAAAAGCGGUAAUAAUUUCAACCAUCACUUCUCCCCCUAUGAUGUACUUGGAAUUUAUUCAAUUGUUCAUAAAUUCCCAGAAAAACGUGCUGUCAUGUUAAGUGGUAGUACUUUUUUUUCCUGUUGCGAUGUAUCUCUAGACCGCACUUAUAACUUCGCUGUGUAAUUGAUGAUAUGCACUGUAAGAUGGUAAAGAGGACUGCGACCUUUACGGCGAGAGAGAUUGACCCUUUGACCACCUUGGCCUACACUAAGAAGUAAGCCUAGGCCUACUUUGUGGGUACUCUUUUUAUUACUUUGUUUAAUCCUUGUAGAGUCUAUGUACAUGUGGUGUACAGUAUAGAACCAAAAAAAUUGACUGCUCUAGAUUCAAGAAACAGUGAAAUCUGUAGCCCCUUUCUGAUGUGGAGACUCCCUUUGAGUCUUUGGCCUUUUGGAAGAUAGUUAGCUACGGUCUCCACACCACUUUGGAGCAAUAGAUCUCACCAUUCCCAUCAAUAUUUGUAUAAUGCGUACAUGCAUUUGUACAUGUGUAUGUACAAGCUUCUAUCCUGAGUUUAUUUGAAAGCAAAAUUUAAUUUUUACUUCAGUUUAUUUAUUUGUAUUUAUUAUUUAUUUUAUCUAUGUAUUUAUAUAUAGGUGUCACCCUUGGCCAAUCCUGAAAAUAAAAAUUUAUCGUGCCUCUGACUAUGAAGAUUAUCUUGAUCAAAUUUAGUGGUUUGGAGCAAGCAAAAAUAUUGUAUUUAUGCAUUUAAUUGUGAUGUGGGAAAAAAAAAAACAUUUUUAUAAAAUGUCUCUAGGUUAAAGGUCAAUUCCCCCUGACCGCUGGUCGCAUGGUCACACACUUUUUCCCCUUGGCGGCGGAGAAAAUUUGUACAUUUAAUUAAGUUCACAUUUGUUUAAUCCUGUCAUUCUCAAAUGUGUUUUGUUUUAGUUGUAUAAUGUUUUGACAAUUGGACGAAAUAAAUGUUGAAUGUUGCAUGUGGUUAUAGGCAUAUCAUUGAUUUCAUAUUUGCAGAACAAUGUUAAUAAAGUCACGAAUGAUGAAAAAAUA